UCCUCCAGGCAGCAGGCGGCAGUACUGGACUGGAGGGUCAGUCCGCCUCAGUUUCCGUUAUGUGAAAGGAAGAGGAAGAAAUACAGAACGCGAAAAAAAAAGCCGGAAAGAGUGCUUUUUAAACGCCGGUUCCUGUGAGCGCAGCCGGUUGAGAAAUCGUGCGACUGACCGGUCAUCAGAGCUCGCGUGUUCGAUCGCAGUGAAGUGCCCGGUCGGCGGGGCUGGGAAAGCGGGCCGGGCAGGGCCGGGGCUUGGUCGGCUUUAAACGCUUGGCUUCUCCGUAACCCUGGCUCCUUCUGGUCGGAGGGGACCGAUCGAACUGGGGGUCAUGAGGAGCCUGCCGUACUUCUGCCGCGGGGAGGUGGUGCGAGGAUUUGGCCGAGGCAGCAGAGAGCUGGGCAUCCGCACAGCAAACUUCCCAGACAGUGUUGUGGACAACUUGCCAGGCGACAUCACCACUGGUAUAUACUAUGGCUGGGCCUCCGUUGGUCAUGGAGAUGUACAUAAAAUGGUCAUGAGCAUUGGUUGGAAUCCAUACUAUAAAAAUACAAAAAAAUCUAUGGAAGCACACAUUAUUCAUACUUUCAAGGAAGAUUUUUAUGGGGAAAUUCUCAGCAUUGUUAUUGUUGGAUAUAUCCGAGCAGAGAAGUCUUUUGAAUCAUUAGAUUCUCUGAUUACAGCUAUUUAUGGUGAUAUUUCUGAGGCAAAGGAGAAACUAGAUCUGCCAGAACACCAGUGCAUGAAGGAUGACAAUUUUUUCAGAUCCAGUGAAAACAACAUAAUGAAUGGCCAUUGACCAAAGUAGAACCAAAGUUUGUGCAUCUGUGGCUUCUUGUAUUGUAUUUAACGUACCUUUAGGUAAUUGUUCAGCUAGCAUGGAAUAACGUAAAUUGUACUGAUCCCUGACCAGAUUUUCCAUCUGCGACAUUUAGUACAGAAUGUACUCAUGAAGAAAAUAAUUCAUUUCUACAAAAAUGUAUUCAGAUGCUGGCUAUGCACUUGCAUCUUACUUGACUACUGAAAUCUAGGUGACUUUUGUGUGCUUUAAUGUUGAUGAUCUCAUUUGAUAAAAGAAUGAUACCAUAAUGAUGCGAGGCUGAAAAGUUACUGUGUGGUUGUGGUGGGUGACUGCUUAAUGUGCCUUAUGACAUCAGUCUUAGUUCAAAUGAGGCAUUAAAUACCUCUUUUAAUGGUUUGAGGAAUGUCAUACAAGCAUGUUAAGAAUAUAUUAACUAAUAUCCUUAAACAGUAAAUUUUAGCCUAUGGUUUCUGAUGCUGGCAUCUGUUCAGGCAGAACAAAACCUCUAAACAGUUUCUAGCAUUUGAGAGUUGUGUAGUAAGUUUUUUUUUCUCCAAUGUGAAAUACAACCAUGUUCCCCCACCACUACCCCCACCCCAACCACAAGAGACUCACAAAGGUUGCAAAUAUGCCAGCAGCCUUAUAGGACUUCACCCAUGUGGGUAUUCUACAACUAUAAACCUCAAAAAUGAAAAAGGGAGAAAUUGGAUAAUUGAAUAAAGUGAAUAUAUUUUUUCAACCUUGUAGCAUAUAUUACACCUAAACCUGAUCCUAUCUAUGCAUCUGCAGGUCUUAGCAGGUCUCACUGUCUAGUGACUGGGAAAAAUGUUGAUCAAUGCGUCUACUGUAGCCACAGCUGAAAUGAGGAAACUCAGUCUGAGGAUUUUGCCUGGAAGAUUCCUGUUUUACAGUGUGUUGCUGAACUAUGUGAUGUAUUCACCCAAUGAACCAAAAAGAGCUAGAAUCCUGUUCUUAUAGAUUAUGACACAUACAUUGAUAAACUAGUCAGCACCAGGUCAUGUUCUGCUGGGGAAGAAAACAUAUAAGGAUGAUCUCCCUUUUUAAAACUGUUGGAUAUCUGAGGAUAGUAUUGUAUUCCUGUGACAAUCAACUUUCCAUGGAGUAUGUAAGGAUCUGAGCUAACCUGGAGUGCCAGUUUACUUUUCUGAGCAGAAGGUAAAUAUUGCAAGUGAAUCUUACCCUCCAAAAGCCCGUUAUAGGACAUUUGGUACCAACGUUGUUCUCUUCAGUUUCGUUAGAUUUUUUUGUCAUCUUCAAAAAAGAGCACUUGUAAUAUCUCUUUCAUUUCGUUUGUCAAAUUCCUCUCCAUGAUUAAAAGAAAACACGGCCACUACUUUUCAUGGCUUCAAGUACUGCUCAAAAUUCACUGUAGCAAAUGGCAAUAGUUACUGUCUACGCAAUAAAUGAAUCCCUGUAGCAGCUAUAUGUGUGGGCUUUACGUUUGCCACGGUGGUACUGCAUAUUACCGGCACAUACACCCGAGCACGCUCUAUGGCGCGCAUCAUUAGUAAAAUCAAGCAUUGUUACUCUGCUUAUUUGCAUUAAAAUCAUAGUUUUUAACCUUUGACAGCUACCACCUUCAAGAGAAGGCAUCACAAAAAGUAAGUCAUACCUUUUGGCACUGCACUUGAUCAAGUAUGCAUCAACACCUGGUGGGCUAAGGUUUGUGCAAUUUCCUGUAGUCUCUGGUGUUUCUGUCAGCAUCCUGCUUGACAUGGAUUGACAUAAAUUGGCUGAAGACUUUUUGCAGUUUAUUGUCUUCUUUCUUCAUGCACCAUGAAGGAGUAUCCUAUUACUGAUUGAUAUCAAGGCAUUCACAUGAAAAAUAACAUAUUUUCUGCUUUGGCGAGUACCCACCAUCUCUAAUGAUAUUCCCAUUAUAAGUGCCAUAGGAGUAUGUCAAUAGGUCCAUCUCUGCUCUAUGCUGUUCUCUGUAGGCUUUGAGCAUAUAGAUGUCCCCACUGAAUGCUGAUUCCUGUCAUCUCCACAGGAUAAGAAAAGCCUCCCAUGGCUCUCUUGGACACCGUUGGACACUGGGUGGAGUUUGGAGUAAAUUUGUUGAGUUGCUCCCCAGUUGCUUUUUAUUGGUCCAUUUUACUACCAGCUAUUUCUGUAACGUCUUCUUUAGAUUGUAGAGCAGACCCUUAUCUACUGCAUAAAAUUUAGUUCAGACACCUGAAAAUAUCUGUGAUGUCAUGGCAUCGUCAAAGAUCUUAAAGGUGGGAUUGGCUCUUAUGUAAUUUUCUUCCACCAGAAUGUGCCUAUAUCAGCAGUGUACACAGCAUGGUCCUUAGUAGAAUUAAUGUACCAUACAAAGUUAAUUAUUUUUAAUCUAUAGUUCUGUAGGAAAGGGAUUGUAUAGAAUGUAAAAGAUUAUAGGGGAGACUAAGGAGCUUUAAUGAAAUCUCAAUGUAACAAGUUAAACUGUGUGUGCUCACAUAACUUAUGGUCUCAAUCGUAAUCCUGUGUCUGUGCAUUGUAAGUGUUAAACUAUGCAAAAGCUAAAUAACUCAUUCUACUUUUAAUUAGAAAAAUAUUGUAAUGUAUUCCUACCCAUUAGGAGAAAAAGUAGUGAACAGAUUUUAAAAGUGAUUGAGUGGGGGCUACUUCACAUUAUGCUUUAAGCUGUUUUAGGAAUUUUUAUGGUUUUACUAAAAACACAGGAGCCUUUAGGUGAUGUGGACAAUUUUAAAAUAUCCAUCAAACACUGAUAUGAGUAGAAAAGGAAUGUAAUGUUUUCAAUAGCUCCUCCUGUCCACCACACCAUGUUUAUCGGAGACAAUUAAGAUGCAUAUAACUUUCCAACUCCAUAUGCAUUUCUCCAUUUUAAAAGUAGUGAAGUUUUCAGUACAUCUGAGUGGGCAAAUAAAAAGUUUUGCUUGAAUGUUGCUAUCCAUUGUGAGGAAUGUGCAACAAAUAUGCUAAUGUAAGAAGCCAUAAUAAAAACUCAUUGUUAUAUGUGUCAUUUAUUUAAAAUUGAGACCAAAUGGCAUGCAUGUAUUUUAUUUCCUUUUUAAUUCUUAAAUUGAACUUUUAAUAUAUGGAACUUGUCACAUUUAUGUUUUCUUAUUGAAUGUUAAAUUCUGGCUGGGUGGUUUACCCUUGCAACGUGUAGAUCUUUCAAAAGUUGAUUCAUUUUCAGCCUCAAUGUAGCCUUGUCCUGUACAGAAUAAAGAUCAAACUUGAUUUGUCUUUGAAAAUCUGUUCAAAGAAAUCCAUCAUUGAAUAACUCUGUACUUGUGCAAAGACUGAUUGGUAAGUGCUGUGAGGAAGAUUAAUCGCAAGCUCCAACAAUGUCAGUUGGAAGCAGUAAUUUUAAAGCAGAAGUAUUCUUAUGAUAAACUCUGGAUGGAAUUGAUGAAACUGAAUGUGUUUGCAUUAUGUAAAUUGACCUGUAGACAAAUUGUUUUUUUGAUUAACUCACUUUAUUCUGUGGAACUAUUGGUAAUUUAAUGAUUAAUUUGCAGACAGGCUUCUUUCAAAAGAAAAAGCUUGUUUGUAUUGUAUAUUCCUCUUGUAUGCACAAACAGUUUUGCUUCAGAAGUUACUUCUUUGUGUUAGUUUAAAGAUUAAAGGUUAAUCUUCAGUUUUA